CCCUCCAAAUUUUGUUGUGGUAUACUGGAUGACAGUCGCCAGCUUAGGCACAUACCCUAUUGACCGAUAACGAUAACGCCUGAAAUGCCUGCCGCAACUAUUUUUGGGAAAAUAAUGAAAACAAACAUGCGGCGUUGUUUUUGUUGGCAAUUACAAAUUCAAUAUAAUCGUGAUGUGUGUUGCUGCCACCACAAGGACCUGGACCCAAACCACUGCAUUGCAGUUGCUGCCGUUGCAUGCGGAACUGGUGCGCUAAGAACACUUGCCUUUUGAAAAAACAUGUGCGCAGUUAACUACAAGAACAACAACGAAUACGCCCAUUACCUGUAAUCUAAGUAACUACAACGCUUCCGUCCAAUAUAAAUAUAAGUGACAAGCCAUAUUUGGAGUACAAGGUACAAAGUGCAGAUAUCCAAUGCCCCACUGUCACACAAUGGUUUAUUUACGUAUUGUGCUUACCACUCUGGUCACCAUAACAUGUUUGUUGGGCGACAAUUUUGUGGAGCUAACACAGCAUCCUCUGCUCAAGGCGUUGGCAGACAAUGCCACACAUGCCGCCAUCGGAGCCUUGACGGGCAUAGCCUUUGCCAUGCAAUUCUACGAGCGCACCACACAGCUGCUCGGUUGGUUAUUGAUUUUCACCUGUUUUGUUGUCUCCUCGUUUAUCGACCUGGACCACUUCAUAGAGGCGCGCUCGCUGUAUUUGGAGGAUGCAACCAAUCUGUCGCGUCGUCCCUUUCUGCACUGUUCAACUAUUGUCUUGGCUUUGCUGCUGCUCUAUAUAUGCACCGCAUGUCUUAACUAUUUUCGCAGCAGCCUCUUGUUGGGCGCACUACUGUGUGCUUUCAUAACGCAUCAUACGCGGGACGCUGUGCGUCGUGGCUAUUGGCUUUGGCCCUUCUAUGAUCACACCGAGCGCAUACCCCAGCUGGCCUACAUUGUCGGCACGAUUCUAACUCCAUAUGUGUUGGGAUAUCUGCAUAACGCUUGCCGUAGCAGCCUGGUGCUGAACUUUUUGGGUCAAUAUGUUAAACUUAGCGAGAGCAAUUAUCGUAGUAGCGCUGGCGGCUCUGUAGCCCAUUAUCGUUAUCUGCAAGUGUAAGUUUGUGAUAUAUUACGGUACUAAAUAUACUAACUAAAAGAUGCUUACUUAGGCUUCAAGCGCAUUAGACUAGCUUUAAGAAAAACCAAAUACUUCCACACAACAGGACACAAUUUAAGUAGGCUAAAUAGGUAUGAGACCUUAUUGUCAAUUUAUUAAAUUAUUUAUAUCUAUUAACUAGCGUAGGUUUUUACUAGAACUUGACACGUACACACACAUUUAA